AUGCGCUUCACCAUUGCCGCCGUCCUGGCCUUUGCCAGCUCCGCCAUUGCCGUUGGCGUCGAUGCCACCGAUGGCUUUGACCGUAUCAACACCCCCAACAAGGACGAGCAGCUCCCUGCCGGCAAGCCUUACGUCGUCAAGUGGGAGAACCCGGCUCCUUACACCGAGGGCCCCGUCUACAUCCAGCUCCUCGGCGGCAAGGACCCCAACACCCUGUCCGUCAAGACUGAGAAGAUUGCCACCGUCGACAACAAGGACCAGCAGUACACCUGGAACGUCGACGCCUCUCUCGGCGACGACGCCACCUACGGCCUCCGCUUCGUCUGGGAGAAGGACGACAACAUCGUUCAGUACUCCAAGCCCUUCCAGAUCAAGAAGGCCGACGGCGCCGGCAGCUCCUCCGGCACCGUCACCGUGACCUCGUCCCAGGGCGUCAAGACCGUCACCCUCUCCUCCGCCACCACCACCACCACCGACACACCUUCCUCCUCCGCCUCCUCCACCACCACCGUCGUCGUCACCAGCACCACCACCAGCAAGCCCUUCAGCAGCUCGACGGCCAGCGCCAACACCACCGUCGCCCGCAACACCACCACCUCGGUCACCCUGAGCAAGACCACCGGUCUUGCCACCCAGACCGCGUCCCAGACGACCGCUGCCACCACCAAGCCCUCCAGCGCCGCUGCCCACGCCGCUGGCUCCAUCGCCGCCGUUGGUGGCAUCAUCGCCGCCCUUCUGGCCUUGUAA